AUGAAGCCUCAAAUUUUAAGCUCUAAAAGCAGUCAUCCAGGAGAUUUAUUUAAUAAAAAAGAUAUUAAUUGUAAUCUAGUAAAAAUGUUUCUUAUAAAUACUUUUUCCAAACGUUUUUUCAGCUCAUAUUAUGAUAUUUUAGAUGUGUCGCAAAAUGCAUCUCACAAAACAAUUAAACAGAAAUACUAUCAACUAAGGCAUUGUUUUUCCAGCAAAAAAUUUCAUCCUGAUUUGCAUAAAAACAACAAAGAAAUAUGCAAAAAGUUUUUAAAAAUAAAAGAAGCAUAUGAAGUUUUAACCCAUAAAACUAAACGGAAAGAAUAUGACGAGAGAAUGGGGAUUAACCAAAAAAUGAAUUCUAAAUCAUUUGGAGCAGCAAAAAAUGUCUUUUAUAAUGGAUUAUAUCGAGAAACAAUAGAAAAUGCUCAUUCUUUCGAGCAUGGCAAUAAGGAUGGCUAUAAAGGCAGUUUUUCAGACUGCCAAUAUACGCAAGAAAGUCUUUAUAAUAAUUCACAUAUUAACUAUGACACACAUUAUGAAACGUACUAUACAUAUGAAAAAUAUCGAAUGAAAUAUUUAAAAGAAAAAAAAUUUCCAAUAUCAAAAGAAGGGACAUGUUCUACUAAAUUCUUAGGUAUUUCAACUAUUGUAUUAAUAAUUAUUUUAUUAUCAUCAUUUUCACACUUCAAGAAUAAAAAAUCAAAAAAAUAUUCACCGUUUCAAGAACCUUUGUCACAACAAACAAUAUAUUAA